AUGGGAGAAUCAAGACCAGAGAACAUUGAAGAAUCUGUCGCUUCCGUUUUGGAAGAAGCUAAAGAGCUUCAAGAUUCCGUCGCCGGUCACAUCUCUAAAUCCUUGAGCGACGAACAUCCUCUCCGGCAACGAGCUCUUGCUCUCGACUCCAAAAUCCUUUCUCUUCGUUCCUCUCUCGAUUCUCUCCUCAACAAUAAACUAAUUAAUCACUCCAUAGCUGAUAAGUUAGAUGAAGAUUUGCAGAGAGCCAGAUGUAUUGUUGUUGAUGGUGAUGCUUCUUCGCUUCUUCCAGGACAUGCUCACGGGAAGUUUCUGAGGAUGUUUUUGGGGCCUAUUAAUGUUCGUGCAUCUCGGAAAGAUGUGCAGCUUAAGGUCAAAGAGGAAUACAACAGUUACAGGGAUAGAACUGCUCUGCUAUUCCUGCUUUUCCCGGCAGCACUUCUCAUUCUAAGAUCAUGGGUUUGGGAUGGAUGCUUGCCAGCUUUUCCCGUACAGAUUUACCAGGCCUGGCUGCUAUUUCUUUAUACUGGUUUGGCAUUGCGAGAGAACAUAUUGAGAGUAAAUGGAAGUGAUAUCCGUCCAUGGUGGAUAUAUCAUCAUUAUUGUGCCAUGAUAAUGGCUGUUGUGAGUCUCACUUGGGAAAUAAAAGGACAACCAGACUGCGCAAAAAAGCAGAGAGGUGUACAGCUGUUCCUACAGUGGGCUAUGAUGCAAGGAGUCGCAAUGCUUUUGCAAAAUAGAUAUCAACGACAGAGACUUUAUACUCGUAUUGCGUUGGGAAAGGCUAAGAGGAUGGAUGUUGUAUGGGGGGAAACGGCUGGUGUGGAUGGCCAACUGUGGUUGCUGUGUCCCAUACUUUUCAUAUUGCAGGGAUUUGAGGCAUAUGUUGGACUAUUGUUGCUCAAUACUGCAUUUGCAGGGGAGAUUUCUGAAUGGCAGGUAAUAUUUUGCGGUCUUCUGUUGGUCAUAAUGGCCAUUGGGAACUUUGAAAAUACAGUACAGACUCUGUUGGUAAAGUCAAGAUUUAAGGCAAAGAUGAGAAGAACCAAGAGCAAGCAGAGACUGGAUUAG